GAAUGAGAAUGUCUAAUUACUGAAGAAUGAAAGGAUAAUUUUCACAUCAUAUUUUUCUUUUUCGGAACUUUUUUUUCAUUUUGGCUUUGCACUUCUUUAGGAGAACGAGAAGCAGACCUAAAAAUGAAUGAAGAAUUGAAAAACAAUUCAUGGAGAAAGUUUUGUAAUGUUGACCCUAAAGAAUCUUUCAAAAACUCUGACUUUGAAGUACCAAAAGAGAUGGAAUUUGUUGAAAAAAUCCCAGAGAAUGAAAAUGAGGCAGAUGAUGCUGGAGUCCAAGAAAACUUGUCUUAUUCUUUAUCCUUUUCGGAUUUAGACGUUGACUACGUUCCGUCCAGUUUUGAGAUCUCGAAUGAGGAUAAUUGCAAUUCCCAGGAUUCAGAUAUACCAGUUGAAAUACUUAAUUUCGACACGACCUCUGAAGCAAAGGACUUGGAAAUUGUGGAAAAAGAAAAAAAUAUGAAACAGAAAAAAAAAUAUAAAAAGAAGGCACCUGAGAGGGACAAUUGCUACUUUUGUGAGACUGAGGUUCUUAAUUUUAGUAGACACAUUGCAAGAUGUCACUCAGCUGAGAUAGAGGUGCAGCGAUUACUUGCGAAGCCUGGGAAGAGUAAGGAAAGAAAAAAUCUAAUAACGAGCCUAAGAAAAAAAGGAAAUUAUUUGAGAAAUUCCGAGGUAUGUUCCAAGCCGAUGAAAAAACCACCAGGUGGAGAUACCAGUGAAUAUUUGCCUUGCCUUUACUGUCUCGGAUUUUACUCUCGUAAGCAGUUGUGGCCACACAAGAAGAGGUGCACAGAAAAUCCUCACUUGGAGAAUAACAUAAGCUCCACUUCAGCAUUAUACUUCAAAAAUCAUAAAACAGAUCCUGAUUUACGUGACAAAGUAUUUCCUAGAAUGAGGCCUGAUAAAGUGUCUAUAGUUGCCCAACAAGAUGCACUUAUUUGUGCUUUUGGGUCACGUUAUUUGAGGGUUCACCGAGAGAAGCAUUUCAUAAAUGUGACUUCAAGAAAAAUGAGGGAACUCUCCCGAUUAUUAAUCGAAGCCAAGAAACUCGAUAAAUCAAUCAACACAAUGAUGGAUAUGCUCCAACCUAAAUAUUAUGACACAGUUGUAACAGCUACCAAACUUUGUGCUAAGUAUGAUAAGUCUACAGAAUGUUUUCUGUCGCCAACAUUCGCCAUGAACAUAGCAACUUCAUUAAAGCAAUGUUGUGACUUGGCAAUAGUAUUCGCUCUAAAAAGAAAACAUAUUUAUGCAACGGUAUCUGCAGCAAACGCUGAAUCGGCAAUAAAAACUUUCGCACAGCUCAUUGAAGCCAACUGGAGGUAUGAUAUCUCAACCGUUGCAUCGAAUAAUCUGCACAUAAAAAGAUGGAAUAAAAUAACCAUCAUACCCUUAGCCAAAGACUUGAAACUGAUGAAAAAUUACCUGACUAGUGAAGCUGAUAAAGCCAAACAAAAAUUAAGUAGUGAAAAUGAAAACAAAUCGGCAUACAAAGUUUUAACUGAAACUGUCUAUUGUAGGGUGUUAUUACUUAAUAGAAAGAGGCCAGGAGAAUUACAGAGACUAUUAAUCGAUUUAUAUAAUCAAUCAUCCAAAAGACAAAAUUAUGAAGAAUUUUCCGAUGCUAUUUCACCUACGGAAAAAAUUUUAAUGAAUCGAUUCAAGAGAAUUGUUAUAAGAGGAAAGAGAAAUCGCGGCGUUCCUGUCCUAUUCAGCACAGAAGUUCAGAAAGACAUCUCAAUAAUGAAUGAAAUAAGACACAAAUUUGUCAGAGAGGAAAACAGAUUUUUAUUCGCCCUUCCUGACAGCGAUUCACAUAUCAAAGACACGAUGCACUUACAUCUACGAGACUAA